AAUGCUAGUUCCAAAAGCUGAUCUCUUUUCCUUGUGGCAGGAUGAUCCAUUUUCUGCACUGGAUAUCCACCUCAGUGACCAUCUCAUGCAAGAAGGGAUCCUGAAGAUGCUGCGGGAAGACAAGCGGACCAUCGUGUUGGUAACACAUAAGCUGCAGUACUUACCCCAUGCUGACUGGAUAAUUGCGAUGAAAGAUGGUACCAUCCAGAGAGAAGGAACACUCAAGGACAUUCAGAAAUCAGAGACUGAGCUCUUUGAACACUGGAAGACAUUAAUGAAUCGACAAGACCAAGAGCUGGAGAAGGAGACUAUUAUCGAGACAAAAUCUGUUUUGGAAAGAACAAAUCUCCGGAGGACUAUGUAUUCCCGUGAAGCUCUGCUGAAAGAUGAUGAAGAGGAUGAAGAAGAAGUAACAGAAAGUGAUGAUGAAGACAACCUGUCUUCAGUGCUGCAUCAGAGAGCAAAGAUGCCCUGGAGAGCCUGUGGCAAGUACCUCAGCGCUGCAGGCAUCCUCCUUCUGCCGCUUCUGGUUCUGUCCCAGCUGCUCAAACACACAGUAAUGGUGGCCAUCGACUACUGCCUGGCACGCUGGACCUCAGAUGCCAUUUCUGGGAAGACAGAGAUAGAGCUGAAAAACUGCUCUCACUGUGAGGAUUUCAACCAUUCUCCAUAUUCAAAAGUUUUCAGCAUUCUCUGCUGUCUUGGGAUUGUAUUAUGUCUUGUCACAUCAAUAGCAGUGGAGUGGACUGGCUUGAAAGUCACCAAAAAGCUACAUUCUUCUUUACUAAAUAAAAUUAUUUUGGCUCCAAUGAGGUUUUUUGAAACAACACCUCUGGGAAGUAUAUUGAACAGAUUUUCAGCUGACUGCAAUACCAUUGAUCAGCACAUUCCAGCUACCCUAGAGUGCUUGAGUCGCUCCACUUUGCUGUGUGUAUCUGCUCUUGCUGUCAUCUCAUAUGUCACACCAAUGUUUCUCAUUGCCCUGGUUCCCCUUGCGAUCAUGUGUUACUUCAUCCAGAAGUACUUCCGAGUCGCAUCACGGGACCUGCAGCAGCUGGAUGACAGUACUCAGCUACCAUUACUUUCCCAUUUUUCAGAGACUGUUGAAGGUCUUACCACCAUCCGAGCCUUCAGGUAUGAAGCCAAAUUUCGACAAAAACUUCUUGAAUACACGGAUUCCAACAACAUCGCUUCCCUUUUCCUUACAGCUGCCAAUCGCUGGCUGGAAGUCCGCAUGGAGUACAUUGGAGCAUGUGUGGUACUCAUAGCAGCUGUCACUUCUAUUACCAGUUGCCUGUAUAAUAAGCUUUCUUCAGGACUUGUAGGCUUGGGACUAACCUAUGCUCUUAUGGUGUCUAACUAUCUGAAUUGGAUGGUUCGUAACCUGGCUGACAUGGAAAUCCAGCUGGGUGCAGUGAAAAGAAUCAAUGGCCUGCUUAAAACAGAAGCUGAAAAUUACGAAGGGCUCCUGUCUGCCUCACAGAUUCCUCAGAACUGGCCAGACAGAGGGGAGAUCCAAAUCCAGAACCUCAGUGUCCGAUAUGACAGCAACUUAAAACCAGUGCUGAAACAUGUCAAUGCCCACAUCUCUCCAGGACAAAAGAUUGGGAUCUGUGGCCGAACAGGCAGUGGAAAAUCCUCCUUCUCUCUAGCAUUUUUCAGAAUGGUUGACACCUUUGAAGGAAGGAUUAUCAUUGAUGGUAUAGAUAUCGCUAAGCUCCCCUUACAGACGUUGAGAUCCAGGCUGUCAAUCAUUCUCCAAGAUCCUAUUUUAUUCAGCGGAACAAUCCGGUUUAACUUGGACCCUGAGAAGAAGUGCACUGACAGCAUGCUGUGGGAAGCAUUGGAAAUAGCACAGCUCAAGCAUGUGGUGAAAGCGCUACCUGGGGGUCUAGAUGCUAUAGUCACAGAAGGAGGUGAAAACUUUAGCCAGGGCCAAAGACAGCUGUUCUGCCUAGCAAGGGCUUUUGUGCGGAAGACAAGCAUCUUCAUCAUGGAUGAAGCCACAGCAUCUAUUGACAUGGCAACGGAGAACAUACUCCAGAAGGUAGUCAUGACUGCGUUUGCUGACCGUACUGUGGUUACAAUAGCACACCGAGUGCACACGAUCCUCAAUGCAGAUUUGGUUAUUGUAAUGAAGAGAGGGGUUAUUUUGGAAUAUGACAAGCCUGAGGUUCUGCUAGAACAAGAUGACAGUGUCUUUGCUUCUUUUGUACAAGCGGAUAAGUAAUAAAAAUUAAUGAAGCAUUUUAAAGUACAAUUGUAUUAUUUUCUAACACUGUAAAAUACCUGUAAAUAAAUAUUAUUUCAUAAUAAAU